AUGAAUCGAAUAAAUGAAAUUUUUGAGAAAGAUAAAAGCUUACCAAUCAUCAGCGAGGAAGAUAAAAUUGAACUCAUGAUAGAACAUUUUCUGUCAACGGGACCACCGGUGAUAAAAAACAAAAGGAAGGAUGCGUCGAGAGCGUUGGAAUUGAUUAAAUCAGCCAAUGACUCAUUCAAAUUAAUGCGAUCAAUGUAUUUGAUAACAAUGUACACCGAAGCAAUAAUGAACGCGCCGAUAGGUUCACCAGAGCUAGCCCGCGGAUUCGCGAGCCGCUCAGCUGCUUUGUGCAACGCACGACUGUUCGAAGAUUCGUUGAAAGACAUCGACCGUGCGAUGGCCAUCGGUUACCCUGAUCACCUGAAAGGCGCGUUGUACCUGCGUCGUGCUAAGAACUUGCUAUCACUGGACCCAAAGAUGCGCCCAGAAGUUCAAGAAGCUAUCGCGGAAGCGCGUCGUUUGAUGGACAAAGUCGACGUCGACAGUGAAAAGAAGAUUGACAAAGCGCUGAAGAAACUUCGACAGAAGGAUUCGUUCAGUGAGCCUUAUAAGAAGUGGGACUCGCAUAAGUUUCUUCCUCCAGUACCUAAUGAUAACCCACUGAUACCUCGAGCUUCAGGAGGAAUCGCUUUGAAUUAUAAUGAAGAAUUCGGCCGGCAUGUUAUUGCGACUAGGGACAUUAAAGCGGGGGAAACAUUGAUAUUAGCCAAGGCUUACGUGUCUGCGGUUAAAGUCGAUAAGAUGGCCAAAUUCUGCUGGUAUUGCUUACAACGUACCUGGGCGAGCGUUCCCUGUAAUUUGUGUAUUAACGUCGUAUUUUGCAGUGAAGAAUGUCGUGAUAAGGCUUGGAAUGAAUAUCACGACAUUGAAUGCCGUUUUUUGACUGCUAUAAAAACUGAAAAUGUUGAUCCGACAGAUAUUUUAAGUAUCAAGAUGACUAUUAAGGCUGUCAAGGAAGCUGGUUCGUUGGAAAAACUUAAAGAACAAGUUGACAUGCUAGAUUCUAUGACAGACAAAAUAAACAGUAAUUUAAACAAAAAUGUUUUUGAUGACACUCGUUAUGAAACUGUUUGCAUUAUUAACCGAGAUAAAUUAAAUCAUAAAGAAGCAAUUGCAGAUGUAGCUAGAUCAGUUGAAUUAUUGUAUUAUUUAAUGAAGUCUACUAAAAUGUUUGGAAAAAAAAUAGUCAAUCUACAGAAGCCUCGAAAUAAUCAAUGGGUUAAUUUCAUGUUGAAGCUGAUUUUUAGGCACAAAGAAAUUUCUCAUCAUGCUGUUGAAUUGAGAGUUAGAAAAGCAGAAGACCAUGCGCCUAUUCGUUCUUAUAUUUUGAUACCUUUGUAUGGAUUCUUGAACCACAGCUGCGAUCCAAACUUUCACAAAAUGACUUCUGGUGACAUGAAUGCUUUGAUUUCAACAAGAUAUAUUAAAAAAGGCGAGCAAAUUUUUAUGAACUAUGGAUCUAGAUUCCAAAUGAUGGACAAAUGGUCAAGAGCAGCUUACUUGGAGCGACAUAACUUUAAGUGCCAUUGUAUUCCUUGUGUUAACAAUUGGGGACCUAAUUCAAAAUUACCAUCAUUUAUGGAACAACCGCUACCAAUUACAGCCAAACAAUUUUUAGCAGUCAUUGCUCUAGAUGCUUCACAGCAUGUUUCAAAAUUUUAUGAUGACAAUUUAAACGUCGAUCGCCGUGAAAAACCUGACAGCUACUUUUUAGAGUGCAUCAACAAAUUCAAAGGAUUCCUGAACUUUUACGGAGGUAUCGUUAGUUACCCGUGCCAAGAGAUUGAAGACUGCAAGCAGGCGCUUACCGACGCUCUGAAACUCGUCGACGACCAUUCCUUAUAA